AUGUCUGAAGAACUACCAGAAGAUGCCCGUAACCUCAUCCAGACUAUCGAUGCUCAAAUAGCAGCCAUUACAGGCCUCCCGUCAUCGAGAAGCGACGAAGAUCAUGCUCUUCGACAAUACAUCCAGGAACUAACAGACUACAAGCAGCAGAUCGUCGCAGAUCCGACGAUUGCAUCCGACAAGCGACCCAGAAUCAAGGAAGAAGAGGUGGAAGAGGAGGAAAGCGCAAGGCCAGCAAAGCGACACAGAAAGACUCGAGCAGCAGAAUGCAGCACUUGUCUAGAUAUGUUUCCCAUGCGAGACACAGCAAGACUCAGAUGCUGCCAUACCAGAUACUGCAGGCCAUGCUUUCAGGAAUGGAUCACCACAUCAAUUCAGUCCAAGGUUCUCCCUAAGUGCUGCAACGACUAUAUCCAGCUAUCGUCUUACUCUAGAUUCGUCAAUCAAGACGUCAAGCAAGAACACAAGGCACUCAAAGCUGAAUUCGAUGCUGAGAGCAAGAUUUGGUGCAGCAAUACAGCCUGUGGUUUCGUUAUCAAGGUCGACGAGAACAGUGAAGGUUUCCUACAGUGCUCCAAGUGUCGCAGAAAGACGUGCGCUUCAUGUCGACUCAGCGUUCCAGAACACAAAGGUCGAAACAAAGUGUGUCCAGCCUACGUGGCUGACGAGCAGCUCAAUGAUGCUGUAGAGCAACACGGCUUGAAGCGAUGUCCGGGAUGUCAUGUCCCUGUACAGAAGACACAUGGAUGUCUCAACAUUCGGUCAGUCGUCAACCAAUUGGUGUACAGUGUCAGGAAUAGUCUCUGA